GUGAAUGCGGAUGUGACGUCGUCGCUAUGCGUCGUUCGCGUGCCUAUACGAGUUUUGACUGCAAAACAGGCUGUGCACUCGUUCGUGUGUUUAUCGUGCUACUGUACUUUGGAGGUUUGUUUUCAAUCGACUCGUUAUAUUAGUUAUGCUAUAAUAGUGUGUAGAAGUAGAUCGCGUAGCUGCAAAAGAAUAGGAGCUUUUUUUGCGGGGCGAACGAAGUGUGUCGGCUUAACGCUGUGAGAUCGUUUCCGCCGACGGCAGUGAGUGUGUGAGUAGUUCGUCUGUCUUCCAGCCAGAUGGCCUGCACUUUAGAGAAAGUCUUGGGUGACGCGCGGACACUGCUGGAGAGGUUAAAGGAUCACGACACAGCCGCCGAGGGCCUCAUCGAGCAGUCCGGGGCCCUCAGUCAGAGGGUGCAGAGCAUGAAAGAGGUGGGGAAUGCUCUUCCAGACAAGACUGCUGAAGACACUACAGAGGUCCAGGAGAUGAUCAAGUACAAGCCUCACGUCCUUUUGACUCAGGAGAACACUCAAAUCAAGGAACUUCAGCAGGAGAAUAAAGAGCUCUGGUUGUCUCUUGAAGAGCAUCAGUACACGUUAGAGUUGAUCAUGGGCCGUUACCGUAAGCAGAUGCUCCAGAUGAUGAUGGCGAAGGAAGAGCUGGACACCAAACCUGUCCUUACCCUCCACGAGGACCACGCAAAAGAAGUGCAGACUCAGGUGGAGCGAAUAUGCGAGAUGGGCCAGGUGAUGAGACGAGCCGUGCAGGUGGAUGAUCAGCACUAUUGCUCCAUUCGAGAGAAGCUUGCCCAGCUCGAGAUUGAGAAUAAGGAGCUGCGAGACCUCCUGGCCAUCAGCAAUGACUCGAUGGCGGCAGCGAGAGAGGAAAGCAGCCAGCCAGCAACAGCAACACAUGAAAACAAUCCCCAGCCAGAGUCCAAUCAUUGAUCGAAAGUGCUUCGUUUGGAACUUUUAGGCCCAUGGUCCCUGGUGUUGUGUUCACUAUGGAUGGAUGAUCUGUUAAACCACUAAAUAUAUAUAUAUAAUUUUUUUUUGUAGUGAUUCUCAUUGCCUAUUUUUCUAAUUAGGCACAUGGCCAUGUUGAUGUAAAUUCAGUGAUUGCUUUUUGAAAAAAACAAUGGAAUUUACGGUAUGAUGUUUGGCCAAAGAUCUAUUUAAUUAAUAUAUAAGGACAUGG